CAUGGAAGGGGACACCAGGAUGCAGCCCCACAUGGCACUGUGGGGACAGAGCCAGGACAGCAUCCAAUGGUGCCUGAUGGGCCCCCUGCCAUUGCUGGCACAAGCCCAGCCAACGCGGUCUUCACCCGCAUAUUCUGGACCUCAGCCGUGCUCCCGCCGCCACUUGAGUCCUGUCUAGGCCCUGCCACGCUGCGACAUGAGGGGACCCUGCCGGGGAAGGGAGCCAGGAGAGGAGAAGAAAUACUAGCUUUCCUGAGGAAACAGAGAGAAGAAAGGGUUGCAAAAGAGCUGAUUUCUCAUCCACAUAAAGCAAAGAUCAAAACUGAUCAAGUAAGGACUGAGAAACUGAGAAGAAUUGGAAAACUGCCCCGCUAG